ACUUCAAAGAAUUUGUUUCUUCUACUUAUCCUUUUAUCUUUCUUGUUUUGUUCUUAGUUCAGUUCAUAAACAUCAAAACUAUAAAAACAUUUUCCUUUCUUUUUACUUUGUUCCAAGUUAAACCAGAAAAUUCCAAAGAGUUUGCUCUUGGCAGAAUUCAAUUCUUAUAUUUUGAGUAUUCUUGAUUGAUUUUUACUUUAUUUCCUAUUUGUUUAAUGUUAGUUUACCUGUUUAUUUCUAUUAAUUCGAAUUUCCUUUUUGUUCAAUUCAAUUGAGUUAUUUUUUCCCUCACCAAAGCACAUAACCUCAGCAGACUUUAUUCCCACGAUAUAAGGAAAUUUUGAUUACUGCUAUAACUUUAACAUGCUUAUUGAUUUAUUUAUUUAUUUAAUUUUGUCCAUGUUAUGGCUUUUUGCCGUACAAAUAAUUCUGAAAAGGUUAUGCCUGCAUUCCAAGAAGCAGCAGAAAAUUUCCAGGUACUUCAAAGGAAUUUAUACAGAAUUUUUUACCUUCACAUGGAGUAGAAACUAAUAAUCGUCUAUGUAAACAUUGUUUUUUCCUCUCAUCCACCAAUUAAUAUUCUUCAUUUAAUUUUUAAAAAAAUAAAAAAAAGAAAAGAAAAUGUCAAUGGAUGUUAAGGGGAAAAAAAUUUGUGAUUUUUAAAAUUAAGUUAAUCCAGUCAUUGGUUUGAUGGCUUAAAUUUCUCCGUUGUCCAAAGACACUGCUCUGAUAAUUCUGUACUCUUCCAUGGUAUACUCUGCCCAGGCCAUUAAUACAUAACUCUCCCUUCUCAUUCUUCUUCUAUGCUCCAUCUCUCCUGAAAACAAUGGCGACGACAACAAGAAUUGUCCUCCUUCUCUUCACUUCAAUCUUCUUUCUCUUCACACUCUUCUGCUUUACACCUUUCUCUCACUUCUCUUCACCAAUUGUUGCAAAAGCUCUUUCUUUCUUUCACCACAACGCAGACGAUGCCGAAGCUGAAGCUGUUUCUUCAAUCUCCGUCGACCAACAUCAUGGUCAGAGCAUUAUCUCCCCCGCAGUCGAUGAAAAGGAUGUGGUGGUGUUGACCAAGAACAACUUUAGCGACUUUGUUAAUAGAAAUCAGUAUGUAAUGCUGAAUUUCUACGCACCUUGGAGCUAUUGGAGUCAGAAGCUGGCACCGGAAUAUGCUGCGGCUGCUACCAUGUUGAAGGGUAAGGUUGUUCUUGCAAAAAUCGAUGCUACUCAAGAAACAGAGUUGGCGAGGAAGUUCAAUAUUCGAGGGUAUUCCACUGUGUAUCUUUCAGUUGGUGGAGUUCGCAAGGUUCGUUAUUUCGAAGAAAGAACCAGGGAUGCUAUUUCAAAUUGGGUUAAUAAGAAGCUUAACAAUACCGUCGAAAACGUGACAACAGUUUAUAAGGCAUAUCGUAUACUAGACGCUGAACCUAUGAUGGUUUUGGGAUUCCUAGACACUUUACAGGGUCCACAUAGUGAGGAGCUUGCUGCUGUCUCAAAACUGCAUAUUGAUGUCAAGUUCUAUCAAACUAGCAAUGUUGAUGUUGCUGUGUUGUUCCACAUUGACCCCCAAAUCAAACGCCCUGCUCUGAUCAUGAGGAAAAGAGAAUGUGUAAAGUAUAGCCACUUUGAUUAUGAAGGUCAAUUCACCAGAUUGGCAAUAGCUGACUUUGUAUCUGUAAAAAAGCUUCCUUCAGUGAUCACUUUCACAGAAGAGGAUGCUUCAAAUAUUUUUGAGAAUCCAAUGAAAAAGUUGUGGCUCUUCACUCCUCAAAGAUCAUGGAAGGUUUUAUGCAUAUUCAAAGAGGCGGCAAAUGCUUUCAAAGGAAAGCUUCUCUUUGUACAUGUGGAAAUUGGAGAUGAAUUGUCCGCCGGAAGGCGGCUUUCUCAUGAAUUUGGCCUCACCGAAGGUUCUCCAACAGUUGUUGCUUAUUACAAAAAAAAUGGGGUUGUCAAGAAGCAUAUAUACGAUGGUGAAUUGAGCUUGUAUGGCAUUAAGUCAUUUGCAGAGGAGUUUAUGGAAGACAAGUUUCUGAUCAAAGCAGAACCAGCUGUGAAGACAGUUAUUAGACUUCCAUUACACUCUCAUGCGUCUGAUCCAAGCUCCAUUCCUCCUGCAUAUUAGUCAUAAGUAC